UCUGUCAUUACAGACACUCUGUUUCAACAAAAAUUGUGCUCUGUAUUUAGAUAUGUUUAACACGUUAAACAGCUUCACCCGGAAGAUAAUAUAUACAUAAAUACUUAAUCAUUAAUAACAUGGAGUGCCAGGACCUUAGGCUCGAUACGGAUAUUGAACAAAUUGAUAAGGAACUUGCAAAGAAAGAACACCACACAUCCAAGUUAGUCCCAUCUUGGAGCCCCAGAAAUCCCUUGGAGAACAUCAUUGAUUGCCGCGAGAAGUCAAUUGUGGAAAACAUAAAUGCAGACCAGGAUGCCAUUGCCAAAAUCCAAUAUCUUAGUGAAGAACAUGCAAAGCUGGAUAAGUAUUUACAUAAUCAGGAGCAGGAUGCAUCACUUCGCAAAUAUCUGGUCGUUGGAGUUCAUUGGGUUUUUCUGCUUACGGAACAUGUCUUGAGUCAUCCGUUUCUAGUAUUGCGUUGGCAGUGUCAGGUUUAUAAUGCCUCCAAGUGUUACCACUUGCAUCCUUUUACCCUGCUGCCCUGUAUUGUCCAUUUGCACAGACGCCAAGGACUAACGACACUAUGGAAGGGAGUGGACAGCUGCCUGCUUGUGCGUGGAAUGUCCUGCGCCAUUGACGAUGUAAUAUCGAAACUCAGCAGUUGGCCCAAGGAAUUGGAUAGUCGGACGACCUUAAAGCGAUUUGGCCAGCAUGUCCUUCUGAAAUGUGUAAGCAUCGCGUUGGUUUCACCCUUCCACGCCGUUUCCUUGGUGAAGACAGUGCAAAGCGACAUUGCCAGCGAAAAAACAGGACUUCUUGAUGUCCUUUGGGACGGAGGGGCUCGUCUGUUGUCAUGGAGGUCCCCACAAAAUACUCGAAUGCUACCAACUUGGGCACUAAUCGGUCCUAGUAUUUCGAUUGGCAUUACAAAGUAUCUUUUCAACUUGCUAAUACAUGGCGUUUCCACUCGAAUGAUGCAGAGGAGAAUGCAAGAGAAUCGGUAUAAAAAGGACUGUGAUGUUAAGCUGGAACACCAAAAUGCAGAGACUUAUGCGGGACUUAUAGCCACGCUCACCACUGAGCUGGUAUUCUUCCCACUCGAAACCAUACUGCAUCGUCUAGAACUGCAGGGUACCCGAACAAUAAUAGAUAACCUUGAUACUGGAUACUCAGUUGUCCCGGUGCUGACAGAUUAUCGUGGAGUAUUCGAUUGCUACAGGGUAACAGUUAUUUCAGAGGGAGUUGCUGGACUGUACAAAGGCUUCGGAGCAAUGAUCCUGCAAUUUGUCGCCCAAGUUGCUAUAAUUAAACUGGCCAAGUGGACAGCGGAUCAAAUAGCUGCUGGUAUAUUGAAUCGUCCAACAUCCCGCAUAGUACAGCCCUAUAAUUUGGAUUGCCUUUCCUGCAAUAAGAGCUCUACGACAAUAUCCCCCAGUAUUUCCAGCAUCGAUGUAGAUCUGACGAGCUUAGGAAAGUAUUCACUGGAUGAUUAAGUCACUGUUUGUAAUUUUAAAAACUAUUUGUAAACACUUAUAUUGUUUAAGAGCGAACUAUGCAAUAAGCCUUGUGAAACUCAUCUGAAAUGAUUGCUAAUUACAUUCACAAUUUCUAAA